UAAACCGGAAGUUAGUCUGUCUCUCUUCUGUGUAUCUGACUGGUUGGUCUGUUUACUUUAGCCACUGCUGGAGCCAUGAAUAACAUGAAUAUCUGAUGUAGCCUCAGCAUUCGUUCCUCACGAUGUCUCUGAGAUGCUUUCAGAAGAGCCAUUUUCUAUCCCUCUCCUCCAUAUCUCAAUCCAACAUCAUCAAGGUCUGCUCAGCAAGAAAACACUCCAGUCCCAGACGUGUGGUGAUCACCGGCAUCGGCCUCGUGUGUCCCCUCGGGACAGGAAGUGCUCUUCCAUGGCAGCGUCUGAUCGGUGGAGAAAGCGGACUGGUUGCUUUAAACGGCGAGGAGUAUAAAAGCGUCCCGUGUAAAGUAGCAGCUCGCGUCCCGAGAGGAGAAAAGCCUGGAGAUUUCACCCAAGAAUCAUUUGCAUCCAAAGCGGAAAUCAACAGCAUGUCCCAGGCUACAGUGAUGGCUAUCGGAGCUGCUAAUCUGGCUCUAAAUGACUGCGGGUGGUAUCCCAGAAGCCCUGAGGAGCAAGAAAGCACCGGGGUUGCAGUCGGGAUGGGUAUGGUCCCCCUGGAGGAGAUUUAUAACACCGCCUCCGCUUUUCAGACUCGCGGAUACAGCAAAGUCAGCCCGUUUUUUGUGCCGCGCAUACUGGUGAACAUGGCAGCAGGACACAUCAGCAUCAAACACAAACUGAAGGGGCCCAAUCAUGCCGUGUCCACCGCCUGCACCACAGGAGCUCAUGCUGUCGGUGAUGCUGCACGGUUUAUUUCUCACGGUGAUGCUGAGGUGAUGCUCGCCGGCGGGACGGAGGCCUGUAUUGGUCCACUCUCCAUCGCUGGGUUUGCUCGUGCUCGGGCUUUAAGCACUAGCUGGAACCAUGAGCCCAGGCUGUCCUCGAGACCGUUUCACCCGGACAGAGAAGGGUUUGUGAUGGGAGAAGGAGCAGCGGUGCUGGUUCUGGAGGAGUUCAGUCGUGCGCAGCGGAGAGGAGCGCGGGUCUACGCUGAGAUCAUGGGUUACGGUCUCUCUGGAGAUGCCAGCCACAUUACUGCACCCACUGCGGAUGGAGACGGUGCAUUUCGGUGUAUGUCUGCCGCUCUCCGCAACGCAGGAUUAAGCCCUUCAGACGUGUCGUACAUCAACGCUCACGCCACUUCCACACCACUAGGAGACGCUGCAGAGAACGCCGCCAUCAAGAGGCUGUUUGAGCCCAGUGUGCUUUCUCUGGCUGUGUCGUCCACUAAAGGAGCAACUGGUCAUCUGCUGGGGGCGGCAGGCGCGCUGGAGACUGCAUUCACCGCCCUCGCCUGCCAUCAUGCCAUUCUGCCGCCGACGCUCAAUCUGGACCGCACAGAACCAGAGUUUAACCUCAAUUACGUGCCCUGUGCGGCGCAGGAGUGGAGAACCAGCGGACGGAGAAUCGCCCUCACAAACUCAUUCGGCUUCGGUGGAACUAAUGCUUCUCUCUGUCUUGCAAGUGUGUGAUUCCAUUUACAUAUUAAAACUCCGCAUGAAAUAAAAGUUGUGAUUAUUAUUGUGGGCGGAGCUUGAUUUUGUCUGUUGAUUGGAUGGUUGCUAUUGGUGGCUCCUCCCCUUUAAAAAACAGCCAAUAGCAUUUUUUAUCGCAGCUCUGCCAGUGAGGGGUUUAGAUCAAGCACAUCAAAAGAAAAGCAAACAAGAUGAAGGGGGCGGGGCAUAUCAGACACCAGAGAGCAUUUGAUUGGUCAGUAGAUUUGAUAAGAAACUAAAGAAUGAAGCGACAAGAAAAAAAUUGUUGAUCCAUUUAGUUGGGAAGUGACAAACUGCAAUCUUUGAAUGUUUGUAUUAUAAGUUGCGAUGUUUUUUUUUUUUUACUGUGGGCGGGGCUUGAUUUUGUCUAUGUGGACUUUGCUAUUGUUGGAUCACGUGAUUGACAGGUUGAUUCCGCCCUCAUGCUAGUAAGCACCAAUCAGAAUCUGAUGGUUAAUGACUUUGAAAGGCUCCUUUUUUAUUCGAUGUUUGACGUAAUCUCAACUGAAACAUGAAGAGAGGGCGGGACAUAGUGUAGCUCCUCCACUUUAAAAAACAGCCAAUAGCAUUUGUAUUACAGCUCUGCCAAUGAGAGUGGUUUAGAUCAAGCACUUCAAAUGAAAAGAAAAUGAGAAGAAGGGGGCGUGGCAUGUUAGAUGCUAGAGAGCAUUUGAUUGGUCUGUACAUUUGAUGAGAAACUGAAGUAUGAAAAAAAUUGUUGAUCCAUUUAGGCGGGAAGUGACCAACUGCAGUCUUUGAAUGUUUGUGUUAUUAGUAUUAUAUACACUGAUACUAACAUUUAAAAUCUUUAUUUUAAUGUCAUGGGCCCUUUUAAACUUUUUUUCUGAUGUGGGCGGGGCUUGAUUUUGUCUGUGUAGUUGAUUCGAUGGUUGAUCUCUUAAUUGACAAACUGCAAUCUUUGAAUGUUUGUAUUAUAAGUUGCGAUGUUUUUUUGUUUUUUUUUACUGUGGGCGGGGCUUGAUUUUGUCUAUGUGGACUUGAUUGGAUGCUUUGCUAUUGUUGGAUCACAUGAUUGACAGGUUGAUUCCGCCCUCAUACUAAUAAGCACCAAUCAGAGAAGAGAUGUGUUGCGUCUUGGUAAUAUGAAAAUUUCAUGGUCAUCUUCGUUAUAUAUAGUCAGAAAGGUUAUUUUAAAUAAAAUAAAAUGCAUUUUAAAGUAUA